GGCGGCGGCUGGAGCCGAGGCGGCCGUGGCAGCGGAAGGUUCUCGCUCCAGGCUGGACUUAAUAACUUUGGAAGUGUCCACCGGUGUCACGUCCUGAACAUGAGCCUCCUCCUCUCCUUCUACUUGCUCGGGUUGCUUGUCAGUAGCGGGCAAGCUCUUCUUCAAGUGACAAUUUCACUUAGCAAAGUAGAGCUUAGUGUGGGGGAAUCUAAAUUCUUCACAUGUACAGCAAUUGGUGAGCCUGAGAGUAUAGACUGGUAUAAUCCUCAAGGAGAGAAGAUAAUUUCAACACAGAGGGUAGUGGUACAAAAGGAGAGUGUCAGGUCAAGAUUAACCAUCUACAAUGCAAAUAUAGAAGAUGCAGGGAUAUAUCGCUGUCAAGCAACAGACGCCAAAGGACAGACACAAGAAGCGACGGUGGUCUUGGAAAUUUACCAAAAACUCACUUUCAGAGAAGUGGUAUCACCUCAAGAAUUCAAACAAGGAGAGGAUGCAGAAGUGGUUUGCCGAGUCAGCAGCUCACCUGCACCUGUUGUCAGCUGGUUGUAUCACAAUGAGGAAGUCACUGCUAUUUCCGACAAUCGAUUCGCUAUGUUAGCCAACAAUAACCUGCAGAUUCUCAACAUUAAUAAAAGCGAUGAAGGUAUAUACAGAUGUGAAGGAAGAGUGGAGGCUAGGGGUGAAAUUGACUUCCGUGACAUCAUCGUUAUUGUUAAUGUGCCACCAGCCAUCAUGAUGCCUCAGAAGUCCUUCAACGCCACAGCGGAGAGAGGAGAAGACAUGGCACUGUCCUGCAGGGCCUCUGGCUCCCCAGAGCCCACCAUCUCUUGGUACAGGAAUGGCAAGCUCAUUGAAGACAAUGAAAAAUACAUAUUGAAAGGAAGCAAUACAGAACUCACUGUCAGAAACAUAAUCAAUAGUGAUGGGGGCCAUUAUGUCUGCAGGGCCUCAAAUAAGGCAGGAGAAGAUGAAAAACAGGCCUUCCUCCAAGUCUUUGUACAGCCUCACAUAAUACAGCUUAAAAAUGAAACUACAUAUGAGAAUGGUCAAGUCACGCUCACAUGCGACGCAGAAGGGGAGCCGAUACCAGAAAUCUCUUGGAAAAGAGCCGUGGAUGGAAUUACAUUCUCUGAAGGCGAUAAGAGCGCAGACGGCCGUAUUGAAGUCAAAGGGCAGCGUGGAAGCUCUUCUCUGCACAUUCGAGAUGUGAAGUUGUCCGAUUCUGGGAGGUAUGACUGUGAAGCUGCAAGCAGAAUCGGAGGGCACCAAAAGAGCAUGUACCUGGAUAUUGAAUAUGCUCCCAAGUUCAUAUCAAACCAAACAAUUUAUUACUCUUGGGAAGGAAAUCCUAUAAAUAUAAGCUGUGAUGUGAAAUCUAAUCCACCAGCAUCAGUCCAUUGGAGAAGAGAGAAAUUAGUCUUGCCAGCUAAAAACACUACUAAUUUAAAGACAUAUAGUGCUGGGAAAAAGAUGAUAUUGGAGAUUGCACCUACAUCUGACAGUGACUUUGGACGCUAUAAUUGCACAGCCACUAAUCGUAUAGGAACAAGAUUUCAAGAAUACAUUCUUGCUUUGGCUGAUGUACCAUCCAGCCCCUAUGGAGUGAAGACUAUAGAGCUGUCACAAACCACAGCCAAGAUUUCCUUCAAUAAGCCGGAUUCCCAUGGAGGUGUACCUAUCCAUCACUAUCAAGUGGAUGUCAAAGAAGUGGCAUCAGAAACCUGGAAAAUAGUGCGCUCCCAUGGAGUUCAGACAAUGGUUGUUUUGAGCAACCUGGAACCAAAUACAACUUAUGAAAUCCGGGUUGCAGCUGUGAAUGGGAAAGGACAAGGAGAUUACAGUAAAAUAGAAGUCUUCCAAACACUACCAGUCCGUGAACCCAGUCCUCCGUCCAUACACGGGCAGCCAAGCAGUGGGAAGAGCUUUAAACUCAGUAUCACCAAACAGGAUGAUGGAGGGGCCCCUAUUCUGGAAUACAUUGUGAAGUACAGAAGUAAAGAUAAAGAAGACCAGUGGCUGGAGAAAAAGGUGCAGGGAAAUAAAGACCACAUUAUUUUGGAGCAUCUACAGUGGACAAUGGGGUAUGAAGUUCAGAUUACAGCUGCCAACAGAUUGGGAUACUCAGAACCGACAGUCUAUGAAUUCAGCAUGCCACCAAAGCCUAACAUAAUUAAAGACACACUUUUCAAUGGUCUUGGGCUUGGAGCUGUCAUUGGCCUGGGAGUUGCAGCACUCCUGCUGAUUCUGGUGGUAACCGAUGUCAGCUGCUUCUUUGUCCGGCAAUGUGGGUUACUAAUGUGCAUCACCAGGAGGAUGUGCGGGAAGAAGAGUGGCUCCAGCGGCAAAAGUAAAGAGCUUGAAGAAGGAAAGGCUGCCUACCUGAAAGAUGGCUCAAAAGAGCCAAUAGUGGAAAUGAGAACAGAGGAUGAAAGAAUUACUAAUCAUGAAGAUGGAAGCCCAGUAAAUGAACCCAAUGAAACCACACCACUAACAGAACCUGAAAAAUUGCCUUUGAAAGAAGAGAAUGGAAAAGAAGUCCUAAAUCCAGAAACUAUAGAAAUUAAGGUUUCUAAUGACAUCCAGUCAAAAGAAGACGACAGCAAAGCAUAACACCAAGAUCGCAGAGGUUGAACGAUGCUGCAAACAGCAUUUGGAUUUCAGUGACCCUAUGACCAAAACUAUUCCUUUGACCUUAAUUUCUUGGGAAACUUCUAGCUUGGAAUAGCUUGUACACAUAUACAUAUGAUCCAAUACUCCUGCCCAUGGUCAAUUUCCUUUGUUGUUGUUGUUAUUGUUGUUGCUACUGUUGUUGUUUAUUUUGUUAAGAUACUCAAAUAGAGAUCUGACUGGCACCAACGCUCGGGUAUUGAUUUGACAAGAUGAUGGGAGAGUUGCCAUUUAUCUGAUGGCUAAAGUGCUAUCCUUUUUAAGAACUGUGUUUCAUACCAUAACCUCCCCAACAAAUAGGAAUUUAAACAAAACAAACAAACCAACAAAACAAAGCAAAACUUUGUGAGCCAGAUGUAUAAGAAAGCCCUGCAUGCUUUUUAUCUUAUUUUGGCAGACAGAUAAUUAAAGUGGAUUUCAGUUUCAGAUGAAAACACUUAAAGGUUAUACUUUUUUUAUUACAAGAAUUUCAGGGAACCUGGGCUUGAAGGAGCCAGCUGUCUUUAGCAGAUAUUAAAAAUCAAAAGAAACUUGGGAAAACUCUUUUCAAGUUACAGUUGUAUUGAUUUUUGGUAGACUGAAGUGCCAGAUCAAAACUGUUACCCACUUGAAUGAAUAUUAGUUGUGUGUAAAAUUAGAUUAGAAAGAUUCCGUAAAUCUCUUUUUAUCUCUGCCAUAUUCACUCACAGCAGAUUACACACAGAAAAAUGUAUUGCAAGUGAAAAUUAUAUUAUUUUCUGCCCUCAGCUUCAAG